UCAACACCGCCAAUUGCUGGCAAGUCAAAAUGUUCAACGGGAUGAAUAUGAUGGAUCCAGAAUUGAUGAAACUUGCUCAGGAGCAGAUGAGUCGGAUGUCACCGGUUGAUUUCGCCAGGAUUCAACAACAGAUGAUAGCUAAUCCAGAAUUGAUGAAGAUGGCAUCAGAGAGCAUGAAGAAUAUGAGGCCUGAAGAUUUGAAACUGGCUGCAGAGCAACUGAAACAGACACGUCCAGAAGAGAUGGCUGAGAUUGGGGAGAAGAUGGCUAGUGCAUCGCCCGAAGAGAUAGCAGCCAUGCAUGCACGUGUUGAUGCCCAAGUCAGUUACAAAUUGAAUGCAUCUCAGAUGCUCAAGAAUCAGGGAAACGCACUUCACAGCCAGGGAAAGUUCAACGAUGCGUUGCAGAAGUACGUACUUGCAAAGACAAACUUGAAUGGCCUUCCAUCCUCUAAAGGAAGAUCACUACUGAUGGCAUGCUCACUCAACUUAAUGUCAUGUUACUUGAAAACAAGGCAGUAUGACGAAUGUAUAAAAGAAGGUUCUGAGGUACUCGCAUUUGAUGCACAGAAUGUGAAAGCUCUCUAUCGGAGGGGUCAAGCAUAUAGAGAAUUGGGUCAAUUGGAAGAUGCUGUCUCUGACCUGAGCAUGGCACAUGAAGUUUCCCCUGAUGAUGAAACUAUUGCAGAUGUUCUAAGGGAUGUUAAGGAAAAAUUGGGUACAGAGGGCUGUGUGUCUGCACCAAGAAGACUGGUAAUUGAAGAAAUAACUGAAGAAGUUGAGACUGUCUCUUCUGCCAACCAUAAAAGCUCAUCUACAGAGUAUUCUAUGGCACAACCACAGGAAACCAGAGACAUUCCUAAGACUCAAAUUGCAGCUGACUCUGAGGUUCUGUCAAACAAUUCAGAGCUUUUGCAGGCUCUAAAAAAUGACCCAGCAACUCUCAGAGACUCAUCUCCAACACCAGCAUCAUUCUAUGCUAACAGACAAGGUUCAUCGAAGUAUUGCCAUGAAAACGCUGCUGUGAAUGUGGCUCAUGAUGAAGGUGAAAGUAGUUCUCAUGGAAUAUUGCCAAAUGUGAGAAGUACUCCUCAGUCGAGCUUCCCUGCCUAUGCUGUUGAUUUCCAAGAACAAAUGAGAAACCAAAUGAAAGAUCCUGCAAUGCGGAAGAUGUUGUCAUCAAUGAUGAAGAAUAUGAGUCCAGACAUGUUGGCAAACAUGAGUGAGCAAUUUGGUUUGAAUCUUUCUCAGGAAGAUGCGGAAAAAGCUCAUCAAGCAAUGUCUUCUUUGUCACCAGAGUCCUUGGACAACAUGAUGCAAUGGAUGGAUAGGAUUCAAAGAGGAGUUGAAGCUGCAAGGAAGACAAAGAAUUGGCUGCUGGGGAAAUCCGGUUUGAUUUUGGCAAUAGUAAUGCUCAUUCUAGCAGUAAUCCUUCAUUGCUUGGGAUACAUUGGUGGUUAGAUUGUGAUUAUGCUCGUGGUCUUGAUUCUUGAAAGAUCGAUUCAAAGUCCAAACCUCUAGAUAAUUCUUGUCAAAAGCUAAUAUGUACCUAGGUUGCUAGUUGUAGAAAAAAAAAUUUUAAAGACUUUUUGUAGCUGGGUUAUGUACUGUAAAAAGAACAUGCAUUUGCGAGAUAAAUUUCAUUUUCGUGGU